UCCUUGCUUUAGCACAUGGGGCUGGACGGCCCAGCCUGCAGAUGGGCAUGCCAGCGUUUGGGGCUCCUGGGCUACGAGUAACUCUUUGAGUUACUUCCAGCUUGUACUGACAGUAGGACAGGUCCUACCUGCCGUGUGCUGGCGAGUAACCGCACUAAGGAUGCCGUCCGCUAUCCUGUAUCCCCACUGCGGCUGAUGCGGCCGGACCGGGCUAGCGGGUUCCGAGUCGCGGCAAGGUUGUCCGCUGCCUCCAGGCGGCCAGGCUGGGCACCGCGCUCCGCAGACUCGACGGGCGUCCCAGCCUAGCGCCAGCCCCUUCGCCGGGCCCCCGCCUUGUUCGGGGCAAGGGGCCCGGCCCUGGCGCCCGGCUCGGCAGGCCGCAGCGAGGGCCGGGAACAGCCGCGGGGCCCGGGGACGGGCGCCCCGGGGCCGCGACGGGGCCGGGCGGCGGCGGUCAAGCGGGGCGGGAAGCCCCACAGUCGGUUCCUUCUUUGCCCGGCGUGUGAUUGGCGGCGGCUCCGGAGCUGCCUACCUCCGACCAUGGAGCCUUCCCUCCGGCCCCCGGCCCGCUCCCCUUCCUGCUGAGGAAAACACCUGUCCGAAGACGGAGCCGCUGCCGCGCUGGUGCGAUUUCUUCUGGCAUGGAGUUGGGGGAUUAUGAACAGCCCGUUGUUAUGAGAGAGGAAAACAAACGAAGGAGAAGAAGAAUGAAACCUCAUUGUACAUCAAGUAAUUUAUCAUCAAUGGAACUGAUAUCCAUCGAGUUCAUUUUACCUACAAGCAAUAAACAUACUAAAGUACCGGAAAUUAUAUUACUCGAAAUAGCUGGCAACUGUACAGUUGAGCAAAUGAAAGCACAGGUUUGGAUGCGUGCAAUAGAGAUGAGUCAAGCCACAGACUUCUACCAUGCAUUCACCCCAGAUCAAUUUAUUCUGCAGUAUCAGAAGAAAGGACAAUGGUAUGAAAUUUAUGAUAAACAUCAAUUGUUACAGACAUUGGACUGCAUACUAUACUGGAAAGUGUUACAGAAAAAGGUAGGCAAGAUCUAUGUUGUCCAGAAACAAAAGCCAUCAGAAGAAGUCCAGGAAUUUCAGCAGCAACUUAAUGAUUUAAUUGGCUAUGAUGUCACUGAUGUAAGCAAUGUGCAUGAUGAUGAGCUAGAAUUUACCCGUCGCAGAUUAGUCACUCCACGAAUGAUAGAGGUAGCCUGUAGAGAUCCUAAAUUGUAUGCUAUGCAUCCAUGGACUACAUCUAAACCACUCCCAGAAUAUUUGUUUAAAAAAAUCACUAAUAAUAACAUUUUCAUAAUCAUACAUAGGGGAACAACUAGCCAAAAAAUUAAAGUGUCAAUAGAUGACACUCCAGAUAUGAUUCUCCAGAGCUUUUUCACAAAAAUGGCAAAGAAGAAGUCUUUGAUGGACAUUCCUGAAGAUCAUAGUGAAAUGGAUUUCGUUCUCAGGAUUUGUGGCAGAGAUGAGUACAUUACUGGAGAAACACGAAUCAAAGAUUUUCAGUGGAUAAGACAAUGCCUUAAGAAUGGGGAAGAAAUCCACCUUGUCUUAGACAAUCCCCCUGACCCAAACGAGGAUGAGGUUCAGAAGGAAGAGUGGCCCUUGGUGGAUGACUGUACAGGAGUUACUGGGUAUCAUGAACAACUGACAAUAGAUGGAAAAGAUCAUGAGAGAGUCUUCACUAUCUCUUUGUGGGAUUGUAAUAGGAAGUUUAGGGUGAAAAUAAUUGGUAUUGAUAUCCCAGUUUUACCAAGAAAUACUGAUCUCACGGUGUUUGUGGAGGCUAACAUUCAACACGGGCAACAGCUUCUGUCACAGAGGAGGACUUCAUCAAAGCCUUUUACUGAGGAGGUUGUGUGGAACAUUUGGUUGGAGUUUGAUAUCAAAAUAAAGGAUUUGCCUAAAGGAGCACUCCUCAAUCUUCAAAUAUAUUGUGGCAAAGCACAGGGACUGUCCACAAAGACAAACCUUCAGUCACAUGAAUCUCCCAACUCUGAUUCAAAAUGCAAAACUCAGCUUCUUUAUUAUGUAAAUAUUUUGUUGAUAGAUCACCGCUUCCUGCUACGAAGUGGGGAGUAUGUGCUCCAUAUGUGGAAAAUUCCAGGCAAAGGGGAAGAACAAGGAAGUAUCAAUGCAGACAAACUCACAUCAGCAACUAACCCAGAUAAAGAAAACUCCAUGGCUAUCUCCAUUGUGCUGGACAAAUAUUGUCACCCAGUUGCCUUGCCCAAGCACAGAAUAACAUCAGACUCUCAAGGGGAGAGGACACGAGCAGAAAUGCCCAACCAGCUUCGCAAGCAACUUGAGGAGAUCAUAACAACUGACCCACUUAAUCCACUUUCUCCUGAAGACAAAGAACUGUUGUGGCACUUUAGAUAUGAAAGCAUAAAGCACCCCAAGGCAUAUCCUAAGCUGCUUAGCUCUGUGAAAUGGGGACAGCAAGAAGUAGUCUCCAAAACAUACCAGUUGCUAGCUAAAAAGGAAGUUUGGGAUCAAAGCACUUUAGAUGUUGGACUCACAAUGCAACUUCUGGACUGUAACUUUUCAGAUGAAAAUGUCAGAGCAAUGGCAGUUCAAAAACUGGAAAGUUUAGAAGAUGAUGAUGUUCUUCAUUAUCUUUUACAGCUUGUGCAGGCUGUGAAAUUUGAGCCUUAUCAUGACAGUGCAUUAGCCAGAUUUCUGCUAAAACGUGGUUUGAGAAACAAAAGAAUUGGUCACUUCUUAUUUUGGUUCUUAAGAAGUGAGAUUGCCCAGUCCAUGCAUUACCAGCAGAGGUUUGCAGUCAUCCUAGAAGCCUAUCUUAGGGGCUGUGGAAAAGCAAUGCUACAUGAUUUCAUGAAGCAGGUUCAAGUAAUUGAAUUGCUGCAUAAAGUCACAAUGGAGAUAAAAUCAGUUUCUGCAGAGAAGUAUGAUGUCACCUGUCAAGUUAUUGCACAGCUGAGGCAAAAGCUUGAAAAACUGCAGAGCAGCAAACUUCCAGAAAGUUUUAGAGUUCCAUAUGAUCCUGGGCUAAGAGCGGGAGCCCUAGUGAUAGAAAAAUGUAAAGUAAUGGCAUCCAAGAAGAAGCCCCUCUGGCUUGAGUUUAAAUGUGCAGAUCCAACAGCUCUAUCAAACGAAACCAUAGGAAUAAUCUUCAAACAUGGAGAUGACCUCCGUCAGGACAUGCUUAUUUUACAGAUUCUUCGAAUUAUGGAAUCCAUUUGGGAAGCAGAAUCCUUGGACCUCUGUUUGUUACCCUACGGUUGUAUUUCUACAGGGAACAAAAUAGGAAUGAUAGAAAUUGUGAAAGAUGCUACAACAAUUGCCAAAAUUCAACAGAGUACAGUUGGCAAUACUGGUGCAUUUAAGGAUGAAAUACUAAACCAGUGGCUCAAGGAGAAAUGCAUGAUUGAAGAGAAGUUUCAGGCAGCUGUGGAAAGGUUUGUUUAUUCUUGUGCUGGAUACUGUGUGGCAACCUUUGUACUUGGAAUAGGAGACAGGCACAAUGACAACAUUAUGAUUACAGAAACAGGUAACCUUUUCCAUAUUGAUUUUGGCCAUAUUCUUGGCAAUUAUAAAAGCUUCCUUGGAAUUAAUAAGGAAAGAGUUCCAUUUGUGCUGACUCCAGAUUUUCUGUUUGUCAUGGGGACUUCUGGAAAGAAGACAAGUGUCCAUUUCCAUAAAUUUCAGGAUGUAUGUGUGAAGGCUUAUUUAGCUCUUCGACAUCACACAAACCUGCUGAUCAUUCUAUUCUCCAUGAUGCUAAUGACUGGAAUGCCCCAAUUAACCAGCAAAGAAGACAUUGAAUACAUCCGGGAUGCACUGACAGUAGGGAAAAGUGAAGAAGAUGCCAAAAAGCAUUUCCUUGAUCAGAUAGAGGUUUGCAGAGAUAAGGGCUGGACUGUGCAAUUUAACUGGUUCUUACAUCUUGUGCUUGGAAUCAAACAAGGAGUAGAAAAGCAUUCUGCUUAACAUUUUGUGUAAAUCAACUGUGGGUGUGAAUAGGAGGUUAAUGACUCUACAUGUAAUUUAUGAAUGCCAAAUAAAUGAGCAGUCAAAAUUCAUUUACUUUGCUGGCAGCUUAAAUGGAUCUUCUAAAAAGGCAGGGACUUCUGCUCUGCCCCUCCAGAAGAUCUUCCUGUACUUGGGUAUUUCAAUUUUCUUUAUUAACAUCUAAUGACAGUUGAAGUUGCUGGAUGCUUUUAACUGGUUGCUUUGCUCAUGUACCUGGCAUUUUUCUUGUUUUCUUUAGAAACAAUUUCAGCUAAAUAUGAAGGAGGACCUUGAGUAUGAUGAUAACCUACAAAUGCAAAUAUAAAUCCCUUAUGACAUUACCUUAAUUGUCAUGAGGCCCUUCAAAAAAAAAAAAAAGGGCAGAAGAAUCCGUUUUAAAAACCUAUGGUUGAACUGAAAUCUCUUUAGGCAAUUCACUUCUUUCUCAGCAUAGCUUACGCUCGAGUGUUUUUCAUCCACAUCCUUCUCUUUUGCCCCUUCCUUAACACUUUGUCCUUCUUGGAUUUUUAAUACGUUGUCAGUAGAAAACAGCUUUGGAUGUUUACCAGUUUAUCCCCUAGAGGGAAUUACUUUAGCCUCCUGAUAUAGACAACUGAUUUUGAUUGUCCUACCAGGAGAAUUUCAUAGUUCCCUGGAAGUUCCUCAGGUUUGAGCCUGAAAU